GCCUCUUCCUGCAGGAACUGUUAAUGGAGGGUCUGAAUCUUUCCCUUAGCAGCCUCUCUAAAGCCAGUACGAGCUACCUAAAUCACCUAGUGGACAUCGCCUUGGCUCUGGAAACAAAGGACACGUCUCUUGCCAGUUUUAUUCCUGCCAUCAACGACUUGACUUCUGACCUGUCCAGAGCGCAAUCCAAAAGCAAAGAACUGGAACUGGAACUCAGCACCCUGAGAAGAAAGCUCACAUCAGCGCUUGUGCUGGAGAAACGCCUUCAGGAGUAAGCACUCGUGCCCUUCGUUUUUCCUC